AAGGAAAAGAAAAAACCAAACAAACUAGGCAUUUGUUAAUUGUUAACGCGUAGAGUACACAGUAAUACAGCAGGAAUCGGGUCUUCGUCAUCUUCCCCUUCACGCGGCAUCUGCCCUAUCUCUUUCUCUUUACCCCAGUCUCCACUCAGUCUCUCUCUCUCUCUCUCUCUCUUAAAUCUUCCAUUACGUAACCAAAAACUGCUGCAACAAAAAACAAAGGCCAAUCCAUAUAAGACUCUCGGUUACAACCUUAAAACAAACCCAUUAAAGCUCUCUGUUUAUAGAUACCAAAACGACCCAAAGCCGAACAGGUAAUAAGGAAUAAGGGACCAUUGAUAGCUGAGAGUAUCUAUCGAAAAGGAUGAUGAUUUUACGGUCGCUUUCCAGGCCUCUUGAACGUUGCCUUGGGGUGAGGGCUGGUGGGGAUGGUCUCAUGUGGCACGCUGACCUUAAACCCCAUGCUUCCGGUGAUUAUUCCAUCGCUGUGGUUCAAGCAAACAACAAUCUUGAAGAUCAAAGCCAAGUCUUUACUUCUCCUUUUGCUACCUACGUUGGUGUCUAUGAUGGUCAUGGUGGUCCUGAAGCCUCCAGAUUUGUCAACAAACAUCUCUUCCCUUUUCUCCACAAAUUUGCGACAGAACAAGGUGGAUUAUCUGCAGAUGUGAUAAGGAAGGCAUUCAAUGCCACCGAAGAGGAGUUUUUGCAUUUGGUGAAGCGAUCAUUGCCUCUGAGGCCUCAAAUUGCUUCAGUUGGAUCAUGCUGUCUAGUUGGCGCAAUUUCAAAUGAUGUGCUGUAUGUGGCAAAUCUUGGUGACUCAAGAGCCGUUCUUGGCAAGAGAGCUUCAGAGGAUAAGAAAAACAUGGUGGUAGCAGAGAGGCUGUCAACAGAUCAUAAUGUUGGAGUUGAGGAAGUCAGGAAGGAGGUUGAGGCACUUCAUCCAGAUGAUUCUCACAUAGUGGUGUACACCCGUGGAGUUUGGAGGAUUAAGGGCAUAAUCCAGGUGUCAAGAUCUAUUGGUGAUGUUUACCUGAAGAAACCUGAGUUUUAUAGAGAUCCAAUCUUUCAGCAAUUUGGAAACCCUGUCCCCCUCAAAAAACCUGUUAUUACAGCAGAACCCUCUAUCCUUAUUAGAAAGCUCAAGUCACAGGACCUAUUCCUGAUAUUUGCAUCAGACGGCCUAUGGGAGCAUUUGAGUGAUGAAGCUGCUGUAGACAUUGUUCUCAAAAACCCCAGAGCCGGUAUUGCUAAGAGAUUGGUAAGAGCCGCACUUCAAGAAGUUGCAAAGAAAAGAGAGAUGAGAUAUGCUGAUAUUAAGAAAAUUGAAAAAGGAAUAAGGCGCCAUUUUCAUGAUGAUAUCACUGUGAUUGUAAUUUAUCUUGAUCAACACAGAGACUCUUGCAAUAAUAGUCGAGCUAAGCAAAAUGCCUUGGGGUGCACGACGGCACCUGUUGACAUCUAUUCCUUCAAUGCAGAUGAAGCAGAUGAGGAUCUGCUUUAAACAAUUUCUUGAAUACGGUAGAAUGAGUUAGCGCAUAGACUUGUCCAGUAAGUUUAUUUAUGUAUAGAAACCAAAUGAUUGGUGGGAUUGGUUCUCAACACAGUGUUCAUUGGAGAAAAUAUAGAGUUUGGAAGGUAAAUUAAGUCACUGAAGGAUAUAGAUGGAUGCUGAUGGAAGCAGGCUGCCAUAGAUUUGCCAAGUUAAGUUCUACCACUCUCACUCAUCUCAUCUGUUUAUUCUUGCCUUUUACCUUUUUGAAGUGGAUGUCAAUCCAUCCCAGAGAAAUGAAGGAAACAUUUUUGUAUUGUUUUAUUCCAUAUGAUGCCAUGUUGCUUCUAUACUUCUCCAGUUUCUCCAACUUAUUGAUUCCUCCAUAAAUCCACCAUGUCUGCAUUUCCAAAAUGCAAGUACAAAGCGAAAGUUAACUGGUUGCCAUCUCCUAUGAACUGUCUUCCUAUAUGAAAAGUGAACUGUGGUUUUGUUCUCUUCCUUUAAAAAUGGAGUAACCAGUAACAAUACAACCAAAUUGGCUUGUUAUUUGGAUGUCUAAAACAAAACAGAAAGAUGUUAGUAGUAUGAAAUUUGCGAGACAUCUUCCUUAAAUUGAACGACAUGGCAAGUAGCAACAACCUACUUGCUAGGUGAAACGAACUAACCAAAAGAUCAAGCGGCAAUCAGUUGCGCCAAAAAUUAGGAUGUUGGUCACUUGUUAUGUUUGGCAAAAAGCUUGCUUGAAUGAAACUAAUUGAAAUAUCUUUAUGUAUAUUUAGAAAUAAAAGGAUUCAAUACCAAUUAUUCCAAAUUAUUUUUGCAAUUUUUUCAUUAAAAUAUUGUAUACAGAUUAGACUAAUAUUCUCUUCAGUUGAUCCAUUUAUUUAUCUGUCGUAAAGUAAAAAAAAAAAGCUAAGGUUCUAUUUGAAGGCUCCAUUGGAAUGUUCCCAUCACAUCAUCUGGCGCGUUUUAUACGUCCGGGGAAAGCUUCUAAUAAGAUUUCAAAUGGAGCAUAACAAUUCCUGAAACUUUUCAACACGGUUUUCAACGUAAGAUAUGAAUUUAAAUAUUUUUUUACGCAAUCAAGGAGUUUUAUUGUAUGUAAAAACGUCAUUGUGCAGUGAAAUUUGUUUUUGCUAAUUGGUAAGAUGUUAUUGUCAAAAUGAAGUGGCCAAAACAAUGGUCAAAUUUGUGAACUCAACUAAAAUAAAUACAGGAAAGAAACAUCAGUCAUCUGAAUUGAAGUUGAUUCUCUUUUGCGAGUUUUGAUUUUUUGAAGUCCAAUACUUUGACCGAUCCCUGUUUCAGGAAAAUGAAAGAAAAGGAGAGAACAAACUAAGAGAAAAUUCACAGUUUUAUCCGAGAAAAAAAAAAAAAGAACUGUUAUAGUGUGUUUUUCUCGUAUAGUCAGUAACCAAAACCAGCCCUUCAGCAGUUUAACUUGCAUUGCAAGAGGGCACCGCUUGACUUCUCCUGCUCUUGGAAGCAAAGUUUUGUUCAACUUUUUUUCAUGGAAGCAAGCAAGUGAAUACUUCGAAACUACUAUUUGCUGUAGAAUCCCAAUAGACCUUUCAAAAACUUUGCUUUUUGCAAGACAAGGUCAAGAAUGACUGCAAAUCAUUUGGUCGCUGAAUCCGUGUGGAAAACUAUAGCGUCAACUCAUUCAGGUCCUGCCCCCUAUUUCUUCUUCCUUUCUUUCUAAUAAGUACCAUUUUCCUGUUUAAUUUGUAUUUGGUGAUCUUAUCUCAUGUACAUGCUUGGCCAGUAAUUGAGGAGCGGCUAUCAAUUUCCUUGCAUUGCAGCUUGCAUUUCUUGUUUGGUAAAAACUUUGAGAAAGCAACUAGGAUAGCGUACCAAAGGGGUAUCAAGAAGAUCUCCGGUGAACCCACUGGUCGUUCCAUCCUUCAGGUUCAUUCUCUUCUUUAUACCUCAAUCUUCAUUUAUAUAUGCACAGUCUUAUAUCUAAGAUAUGGCAUUUUUUGUCUGUAAAUUUUGGAUUUUUUUUUCUCAAACUGGGUUUGUUUCUCAUUGUAUAUUGCUUUAGAUUGUGGGAGAAUCAAGGAGGAAAGAGGAGUAUUUCUGUUUUGCUGAAAAUAAUUGUGCUUGUUAUUCAUUCUUUUAUGAUAUAGUUAACAAAUAAAUUUAUUCCUUUUUCUCACAUUUCUCUUCUUCUUAUGUCAUAGCUUUU